GGGCCGGCGCGGGGGCUGCCGGGAGGCGCGGCGGCGGCCGGUCGGUGCGGCCCGGAGCGGAGCGCGGCGCGAUGCAGAAAUACGAGAAACUGGAGAAGAUCGGGGAAGGCACCUACGGGACCGUGUUCAAGGCCAAGAACCGGGAGACGCACGAGAUCGUGGCGCUGAAGCGGGUGCGGCUGGACGACGACGAUGAGGGCGUGCCCAGCUCGGCGCUGCGGGAGAUCUGCCUGCUGAAGGAGCUGAAGCACAAGAACAUCGUCAGGCUGCACGACGUCCUGCACAGCGACAAGAAGCUGACGCUGGUGUUCGAGUUCUGCGACCAGGACCUGAAGAAGUACUUCGACAGCUGCAACGGGGACCUGGACCCCGAGAUCGUGAAGUCCUUCAUGUACCAGCUGCUGAAGGGCCUCGCGUUCUGCCACAGCCGCAACGUCCUGCACAGGGACCUCAAGCCCCAGAACCUGCUCAUCAACAGGAACGGGGAGCUCAAGCUGGCGGACUUCGGCUUGGCGCGAGCCUUCGGCAUCCCCGUGCGCUGCUACUCAGCCGAGGUCGUCACGCUGUGGUACCGGCCCCCGGACGUGCUGUUCGGCGCCAAGCUCUACUCCACCUCCAUCGACAUGUGGUCGGCCGGCUGCAUCUUCGCAGAGCUGGCCAACGCGGGGCGGCCGCUCUUCCCGGGGAACGACGUGGACGACCAGCUGAAGAGGAUUUUCCGGCUGCUGGGCACCCCCACGGAGGAGCAGUGGCCGGCCAUGGCCAAGCUGCCCGACUACAAGCCCUACCCCAUGUACCCCGCCACCACCUCCCUCGUCAACGUGGUGCCCAAGCUCAACGCCACCGGCCGGGACCUGCUGCAGAACCUGCUGAAGUGCAACCCGGUGCAGCGGAUAUCGGCGGAGGAGGCGCUGCAGCACCCCUACUUCACGGACUUCUGCCCGCCCUAGGUCUGGCCUCGUCCCGCGCGGAGCCGCGGCCCGCGGCGGGGGGAGCAGGGGACAAGCGCCCCGCGGCCCCCCCCCUCCCCGCUAUUUAUUAGGUUUUUAUCCAGCGCCCCCCGCGCCUGCCCCGCGUGCCGGGCGCUGGCUCGGCCGCCUCUGCCCCCCCAGCAGCAGGGCUGGGGCACCGGCGUGCCGGUGCAGGACCUGGGGGGCCAGACCCCCGCGCCCCCCCCCACCUCUCCCCAGCCCUGGCAGCGGACGGGGCCCCCGGUGCUGGCUCCGGGGGGGGCACCGCGUUUCCCACCGCGCUGCACGCGGGUGGCUGUGCGUGUUUGGUACAGACAUAAAGAGCUUCCCCCUCCCC